ACAAAGUGUCACCGAGAUUAUAAAAGGUGCCGGUCCAACCGUGCCGUGCAAUUCAAUCUAGCAUUAGUAACCGCCGCAUGCGCACAUCUCAAGAUGGCGUUGAUAAAAUUACUCUCGUUUCUAAUUACAGUUGCUAUAGUGUCGAGUCAAGGGCCAACCCAAGGGCCCAUAGUUCGCGUAGCCACCGGUAUCCUACAGGGCACGUGGAGGGUAUCGACAAAUGGCAGGAGUUUCGCAAGCUUUUUGGGUGUACCCUACGCUCGGCCGCCGAUUGGAAAAUAUAGAUUUAAAGAACCGCAAGCCUUAAAAUCCUGGCCAGGAGUAUGGGACGCCACAAGAGUAUUGUCACCCUGUCUCCAAUACGACCCUGCCCAAAAUGAAAUUACAGGCAGCGAGGACUGUCUCUUCGUGAACAUCCACACACCGAAACCCAAUGCGGGGGCCCUGUUGCCAGUGGUGGUAUUUAUCCACGGCGGAGCCUUCAUGUACGGAGCCGGUGGACAAUACGAUGGAGUCCACAUGAUGGACAGAGAUGUGGUCUUCGUAACUCUAAACUACCGUUUGGGACCUCUAGGUUUCCUGAGCACAGGCGAUGAUCAGAUACCAGGCAACGUUGGACUGAAGGAUCAGUCUUUUGCCCUGAGGUGGGUUCGCGAUAACAUCGUUAUGUUUGGCGGCAACCCCGACAGCAUCACACUCACCGGCUGCUCCGCUGGUGGCGCUAGUGUGCACUACCACUAUCUGUCACCACUUUCUAGAGAUACAUUCCAACGAGGUAUUGCAUUCAGUGGCUCCGCGUUUUCGUCUUGGACGCAUUCUAUUAAACCUGUGGAGAAGGCCAAAGCUCUUGCCGUCAUUGUCGGCUGCUCCACCUCCAGCACUCGCGAAAUGGCCGAGUGUCUGAAGAACAGACCCGGAGAAGUUAUUGUCAACGCACAAGUUCAGAUGUUUGACUGGAUGGUCAACUGGUUCACGGUAUUCACGCCAACUACCGAGGCCCCAGGGACGAAGAACCCGUUCCUCUCUCAGUAUCCGUAUAUCGCAAGUAAAGCUGGUGCUAUGCUAUCAGUUCCGCUCAUCACUUCUGUGACUUCUGAGGAGGGGUUAUACCCGGCUGCAGCCUACCAAGCAGACCCAAAAAUCCUACCAGAGCUGGAAUCAAGAUGGGAACACCUAGCUAGUAACAUUUUCGAGUACAAUGACACUUUGCCUCUUACCAUGCGCGCUAGUGUCGCCGAAAAGAUUAAGCAGAAGUACCUGAAUGGCAGACCCGUCGGACAGGACACAUUUGCAGGACUUGUUCAGGCCCUCGGAGACCGUUUGUUCUCAGCAAACGUUGGCAAACUCGCUCAAAUUCACUCCCAAAGGUCACUCGAACCAACCUACGUUUACCGCUUCUCGUACCGCUGGCAAUACAGCUUCUCCAAUGUUAUGGCCAAAAAUGAAAACGAUUACGGUGUAAGCCACGCGGAUGAUGUGAUACUCAUCCUGAAGUACCACCCCUCAGAUGCAACCCGACCCGAAGAUAUACAAAUGAGAGAAGCGCUUCUUGAUAUGAUCUAUAGCUACGCUUCAACAGGAAUACCAAAAAUACGGAACAGCCCAGACUGGUUGAAGGUGAAACCGGGACAACCUGAACUGGACUUCCUCGAAAUAGCCGGGCCAAAGAACAUGCAAAUGAAGUCCAGCGCUGACUUCGGACAGAAACAGUUCUGGGACAGCCUCGGCUUUAACGAAAACGAAAAUUACCGCAUUUACACGCGAGAUGAGCUUUAAAUAUUUCGUCUUACUAAGCGAUCAGCAAUAUAUGUGUAGUAAUAUAGUAUGUUUUAAUGAA